GGGUGGAUGAGUGGUUGGGUGAAUGGAGGAAGGCAGGAGGAGAGGAGGAAAUGGAUGGAAGGAUGCGCUAUGGAGGCUCCCUGCUCGCUCACUAUCUAUCUCUCUAUCUGCAGCUCCUUCCUUCUAACUUAAUCACUGCUAAUGCCAUGCUCUCCACCUGCACGCUCUCUCUUGCUAGCUCUCUUAUCUUCCGUUGAUCUUUACAUAUAUCUUCCUUCAAUUUAAAAUUAGCCCUUCAUAAUUACGCUCCCCGCCCCCCCCCCCCCCCCGGCCCUGAUUCCUAGCCUUGACACAAUCUUCUCCCUCUCUCUCUCUCUCUCUCUCUCUCUCUCUCUUAUAUGAUAGUAUCCACCUUGAUUCCUGCCUCGUAUCUUCUUUUAUUUCUCGGCCGUUUCAGUACCACUUGAUUUUCUUCCUUCAUUACCACCUUUGCAUGACCCCCUCCCGCCCCUCUCUAUAUCUGCAUCUGUAUUGCCCCCACAAAUAAAAUCUUUGCAUCUUAAAUCUGAAUCUAAAUUCGUAUUUUUUCCCCUUUUUCUUCAGAAGAAAUCAUCGAUCACAUCGGUGUUUGUUGUUUGUUUCUUGCUGCAGCCUUUGUUGGGUUUAUGUGGGGUGCGAGCGGGCGGUAUCGCUAUAAUGGGAGUAGCACCUGCUGAUUGCAUUGGCAUUGGCAUUGGCAUUGGCAGCGACGUCUUGCACAGGACUAGUCCUUGUAAUUACUGUCAUUGUUGCAGUCACACACGUCGUCGGUUUUGGUGACCGGAAGUAAUGGAGUACGGUGGCGGAGGGGGAGGCUCCGGCGGUGACCAUGAUUCCGCCGAUUCUCAUACCAGGAAGAAGCGUUACCAUCGUCACACUGCCCAUCAGAUUCAGAGGCUCGAAGCAACGUUCAAAGAAUGUCCUCACCCAGACGAGAAGCAGAGGUUGCAGCUAAGCAGGGAAUUGGGGCUGGCUCCGCGCCAGAUCAAGUUUUGGUUUCAGAACCGCAGAACCCAGAUGAAGGCGCAACAUGAAAGGGCCGAUAACUGUGCCCUUCGGGAUGAAAAUGAUAAGAUACGCUGCGAGAACAUCGUUAUCAAAGAAGCUCUGAAAAAUGCCAUCUGCCCUUCUUGCGGCGGUGGCCCUCCUAUUGGCGAAGAUUCCUAUUUCGAUGAACAAAAAUUGCGCGUGGAAAAUGCCCAGUUGAAGGAGGAGCUUGACAGAGUUUCCAGCAUUGCUGCCAAGUACAUAGGCAGGCCAAUUUCCCAACUCCCGCCAGUGCAGCCCAUUCAUGUUUCUUCAUUGGAUUUAUCUAUGGCGAGUUUUGGGGGCCAGGGGAUGGCUGGUCCCUCCCUCGAUCUCGAUCUUCUUCCAGGGUGUUCAUCCACCAUUCCAAAUUUACCUUUUCAGGCGAUGGGUAUUUCAGAAAUGGAUAAAUCCCUCAUGGCAGAUUUUGCGGCCAAUGCUUUGGAAGAAUUGCUCAGGCUUUUGCAAACCAAUGAGCCUUUGUGGAUGAAGUCCCCAACCGAUGGCAGGGAUGUCCUGAAUCUAGAAAGUUAUGAAAGGCUUUUCCCCAGGACUAAUAAUCACUUAAAAAAUCCCAAUCUACGAAUUGAGGCAUCCAGAGAUUCUAGCGUUGUGAUCAUGAACAGUUCAUCAUUGGUUGACAAGUUUAUGGACUCGAGCAAAUGGGUUGAGCUAUUUCCUACCAUUGUGUCAGUGGCAAGAACAAUUGAAGUAAUUUCAUCUGGAAUUUUGGGUACUCAGAGUGGUUCCUUGCAACUGAUAUAUGGAGACUUACAGGUACUUUCGCCUCUGGUACCAACUCGGGAAUUCUGUUUCCUCCGUUAUUGUCAGCAAAUGGAGCAAGGCUUGUGGGCAAUAGUGGAUGUUUCUCACGAUUUUCCUCGAGAUGGCCAAUUUGCAUCCCAAGGUCGAUGUCAUAGGCUUCCUUCUGGAUGCCUGAUUCAAGAUAUGCCUAAUGGGUACUCCAAGGUGACCUGGGUGGAACAUGUUGAAAUUGAAGACAAAGCCCCAAUUCAUCGGCUAUAUCGAGAUCUCAUUCACAGUGGGCUGGCAUUUGGGGCUGAAAGAUGGCUUGCUACACUACAAAGGAUGUGUGAAAGAUUUGCUUGUCUAACAGGCACUUCCACUCGGGAUCUUGGAGGAGUAAUUCCAUCAGCGGAUGGAAAACGAAGCAUGAUGCAACUCGCCCAAAGGAUGGUGAAUAGUUUCUGCACUAGCAUUAGCACCAGCUCAUCUAAUGGGCACCACCAACAGACUACACUUUCUGGGUUGAAUGAGCUUGGGGUUCGCGUUUCAUUUCGUAAAAACACGGAUCCUGGCCAACCCAAUGGUGUGGUUCUCAGUGCAGCUACUACCAUUUGGCUCCCCAUUUCUCCACAGAAUGUUUUCAAUUUCUUCAAGGAUGAACGAAAUCGACCUCAGUGGGAUGUUCUCUCCAAUGGCAAUGCAGUGCAAGAGGUUGCUCACAUCGCAAACGGACGACAUCCUGGCAACUGCAUUUCUGUCCUCCGGGCUUUCAACACUAGCCAGAACAACAUGUUGAUACUCCAAGAGAGCUGUACGGAUUCAUCGGGGUCGGUGGUGGCAUACUGUCCUGUGGAUCUCCCUUCCAUAAACCGAGCAAUGAGUGGGGAGGAUCCAUCAUACAUACCUCUGCUGCCAUCAGGGUUCACAAUUUCACCGGAUGGCGGAGGAGGCCGUGUGGAGCAAUUAGGAAGAGGGGGGGAUGUGGAAGCUGUGGCAGCAGCAGUAAUGGCAGCUUCGUCGAGCUCUAAUGCACAAGCAGCAGGAGGGGAAAUGGGGAUGGGGAUAGGAAUGGGAGGUUCGCUUAUUACAGUAGCAUUCCAGAUACUGGUGAGUAGUCUGCCAUCUGCUAAGCUGAACAUGGAGUCGGUGGCUACUGUUAAUAACCUUAUCGGCACCACUGUCCACCAAAUAAAGGCUGCCUUGAAUUGCUCUAGGUAGCUAGCUAUGGCUGGCUAUAGCCAGGCAGCUACCUUCAUCAAUUCCUACUCUGAUCGACCAUGGAUGCAUUGCUACCUGCAGUUACUGCUCUACAACUGUCUCUCCCUCUUCUCCAGCUCUCUUAAUUUCUUCCCUCCAUUUAAUUAAAUAUAUACAGUGUUUGAUCCUAUCAGAAAUUCUCAGUCAUCCCCUCGUUGCUUGGUGGGUAUUCAAUGAAGAGUAAGUAGUAUUGGGGGAAGGGGUUGGUUGGGAAUUUUGAAUGCUCCUUACCAAGGCCUGAGGCUGAUUUUACCGCGGCUUGCUGCUGCUGCUGCUGCUGCUGCUCUGCUACUGGCACUGUCACCCAAACUUCAUGACACACUAUUCUGCUCUACUUUCCACAACAACCCAAUAUUUAUUUUAUUUUUUUAAUUUUUGGGUGGCAAGGUUGAUGUCUUUUUGGUUUUGUUCCAUGCAUCUUCUGAUUUGACAUUUGGAAGUUUUCUAUUGUAAACGAGGGAGUCAAGAACGCACCAUACAUGUCUUCUUCGGGGCGGGGGAGUAGACCAGCACGGCGAAGGGUAUUGUAUGGUUCGGGUAUUGACUUCUGUUCUGUUAUGUUCCGCUCAUGGAUUUUUUUCUAUGACACGAAUUAUCAUCUACCAUCUACUGUUCUGGCUCUCUUC